UUCUCUGUUGGCAAAUAGCGGAAGGUGCAGAGGACAGAGGUCAGGUCUGGCUAAAAAAGAUUAGAGAAGAGACGACGAUGAUGAUGAAAUUGUAAACCUCGGUCCUUCUGCAGAAGAAAGAAUAUUACCGGAGUCUUUCUUCGCACCUCACUAGCCAGUAAAAAGCAAAAGAUAAAUAAUCUACGAGUAUAUAUAUAUUCCUUGGAUAAAUACAAUAUAGUACUCGCCAUCUGAGUUGUUGCCUAGCCGAGCUGUAUAAAAUAUCCAUCAUCUCUAUCCGUCUCUCUUUUAUCUCUCUCUUUUCACAUUUCUGCAAACUUGAAACUGCACCUUGCUUUUCCUAUUCCUUCUUCUUCUUGUUUUUCCUUUAAUUAGCCUUUAAUACUCGCCUAAUUACACAUUUGCAUGAAGCAUUGGUCUGGUUUGGGCGCUGUGAAGUUUUGGGAUUAUUAAAAUUAUAUAGUAUUAUAUGAAGUAAAUUGAGAUAAAGGUAGGAGUGGUGGUUGUGAGGUGAAUUUGAUAAUUUAUUUAUCUUUUGGUUAGUGGAUAAUAGAGUGGGUAUAAUUAAAAAUAAAAUUACAAACUAUAAAAAAGGAGAAGCUAUGUCGAUACCCAAGGAGUUGGAGCAGGUGAUGAGGGGUAGAGGUGGAUCAGUUUUGGGAAAGAAGACCAUUUUAAAGGGCGACCAUUUCCCUGGCUGUCAAAACAAGCGACUUACUCCUCAGAUCGAUGGCGCUCCUAAUUACCGUCAGGCUGAUUCAUUGCCUGUACAUGGUGUUGCAAUUCCAACAACUGAGGGAAUUCGGAAUGUUCUUAAGCAUAUUGGAGCGCAAAAAGAUGGGAGGCGAGCACAAGUACUUUGGUUUAACCUUCGUGAAGAACCGGUGGUUUACAUUAAUGGACGUCCUUUUGUUUUGCGUGAUGUUGAAAGGCCCUUCUCCAAUCUUGAGUAUACGGGAAUCAACAGGUCUAGGGUUGAGCAGAUGGAGGCUCGAUUGAAAGAAGAUAUCCUGAUCGAAGCUUCAAGAUAUGGAAAUAAAAUACUUGUCACUGAUGAACUACCAGAUGGUCAGAUGGUGGACCAGUGGGAACCUGUGUCACGUGAUUCUGUCAAGACGCCGCUGGAGGCAAACGAGGAACUGCAAUUGGAGGGCUACCUUUUUGACUAUGAACGUGUUCCCAUAACUGAUGAAAAAUCACCAGAAGAGCAGGAUUUUGAUACUUUAGUUGAUAGAAUUUAUGGGGCAAACUUGAAUACAGAAAUAGUUUUUAACUGUCAAAUGGGACGUGGGCGGACUACCACUGGGAUGGUUAUAGCAACCUUGGUUUAUCUCAACCGAAUUGGAGCUUCUGGUAUUCCAAGAAACAAUUCAAUCGGAAGAGUUUUUGACGCUGGUUCUACUGUUGCUGACAAUUUGCCAAACUCAGAGGAGGCAAUUCGUAGAGGAGAGUAUCCAGUUAUAAGAAGCUUGACCAGGGUUUUAGAGGGUGGUGUUGAAGGCAAAAGACAAGUGGAUAAAGUCAUUGACAAGUGUGCCUCCAUGCAGAACUUGCGUGAAGCAAUUGCCAGUUAUCGCAAUAGCAUUCUUCGCCAACCAGAUGAGAUGAAGAGAGAGGCGUCUCUUUCAUUUUUUGUCGAAUACUUGGAAAGAUAUUAUUUUCUCAUAUGCUUUGCUGUAUAUAUUCAUUCAGAGAGAGAUGCACUCCGUUCUAGUUCUUUUGUCCAUAGCAGUUUUGCUGACUGGAUGAGAGCACGGCCUGAGCUGUACAGCAUAAUUAGGAGGUUGCUCAGGAGAGAUCCAAUGGGUGCACUUGGAUAUGCAAAGAAAAAACCAUCUCUGAUGAAGAUUGCUGAAUCUGCUGAUGACCGCCCUCAUGAGAUGGGUGUUGUUGCCGCUUUAAGAAAUGGUGAAGUUCUCGGAAGUCAAACUGUUCUAAAGAGUGACCACUGUCCUGGUUGUCAAAAUUCAAAUUUACCAGAGAGAGUGGAGGGUGCACCAAAUUUCAGAGAAGUUCCUGGAUUUCCUGUUUAUGGGGUUGCAAAUCCAACUAUAGAUGGCAUUCUCUCUGUCAUUCAAAGGAUUGGCAGCUCCAAAGGGGGUCGCCCUAUUUUUUGGCACAACAUGAGGGAAGAACCUGUUAUCUACAUCAAUGGAAAACCAUUUGUACUCCGUGAAGUUGAAAGACCAUAUAAAAACAUGCUGGAGUACACGGGAAUUGAUCGUGAAAGAGUGGAGAGAAUGGAAGCUAGACUAAAGGAAGAUAUCUUACGAGAAGCUGAACGCUAUGGAGGUGCUAUAAUGGUCAUUCAUGAAACAAAUGAUAAGCAAAUUUUUGAUGCUUGGGAGCAUGUGGAUUCUGAUUCUGUUAAGACCCCACUUGAGGUCUUCAAAUGCCUAGAGGCUGAUGGUUUUCCCAUUAAGUAUGCACGUGUGCCAAUCACUGAUGGUAAAGCUCCCAAAAGUUCCGACUUCGACACCCUGGUGAUAAACAUUGCUUCUGCAUCCAAGGAUACUGCAUUUGUUUUCAAUUGCCAGAUGGGAAGGGGAAGGACAACCACUGGGACUGUUAUCGCAUGCCUUUUGAAACUUAGAAUAGAUUAUGGGAGACCAAUUAGAGUCCUGGUUGAUGAUACGACCCGUGAAGAGGUGGAUAGUGGCAGCUCAAGUGGUGAUGAAACUGGAAGCAAUGCUGCCUCUUCCCCUGCAAGUAAUGCUAGAGUAAGAACCGGAGCAGAGCCAGGUCGUGCUUUUGGCAUUGAUGAUAUCCUACUGUUGUGGAAGAUAACAAGAUUAUUUGUCAAUGGUGUGGAAUGUCGAGAAGCCUUAGAUGCAGUCAUCGAUAGAUGUUCUGCACUGCAGAACAUUCGUGAAGCUGUUCUGCAUUACAGAAAGGUUGUCAAUCAACAACAUGUCGAGCCGAGGGUAAGGAGGGUGGCAUUGAACCGUGGUGCUGAGUACUUGGAGCGGUACUUUCGAUUAAUUGCUUUUGCAGCCUAUCUUGGAAGUGAAGCAUUUGAUGGAUUUUGUGGCCAAGGAGCAAUGAGGAUGACGUUUAAGAGUUGGUUGCAUCAGAGACCAGAGGUCCAAGCAAUGAAAUGGAGCAUAAGAUUGAGGCCUGGGCGAUUUUUCACUAUCCCUGAGGAGUUGAGAGCACCACAAGAAUCUCAGCAUGGCGAUGCAGUUAUGGAGGCCACUAUCAAGGCCCGUAGUGGUUCAGUUUUGGGAACAGGCUCUAUACUUAAAAUGUAUUUCUUUCCUGGUCAGAGGACUUCCAGCCACAUACAAAUUCAUGGAGCACCUCAUGUUUACAAGGUGGAUGGAUUCCCAGUGUAUAGCAUGGCAACCCCAACAAUUGCUGGUGCUAAAGAGAUGCUAUCAUAUUUGGGUGCCCACCCCAAGGUAGAAGGAUCAUAUGCUCAGAAAGUGAUAUUGACUGAUCUCAGAGAAGAAGCAGUUGUUUACAUUAAUGGCACACCAUUUGUCCUCAGGGACCUACAUAAACCAGUUGACACUCUAAAGCAUGUUGGAAUCACUGGUUCUAUGGUGGAAAAUAUGGAGGCACGACUAAAAGAAGAUAUUUUAUCCGAGGUAAGACAAUCUGGAGGUAGAAUGCUUUUACAUCGUGAAGAAUAUAACCCAGCAACAAAUCAGUCCAGUGUCAUAGGAUACUGGGAAAACAUCUUUGCAGAUGAUGUAAAGACACCAGCUGAAGUUUAUGCUGCUCUAAAAGAUGAAGGUUAUGAUAUAACAUAUAGGAGAAUACCAUUAACUAGAGAGAGGGAGGCUCUAGCUUCUGAUGUUGAUGCAAUCCAGUAUUGUACAGAUGACUGUGCAGGGAGUUAUCUUUUUGUUUCACACACAGGGUUUGGUGGUGUUGCCUAUGCAAUGGCAAUUACUUGUAUUAGACUUGGUGCAGAGGCAAACUUCAUGGAAAAUGUUCCACAAGUAUCGGUAGGCACAGAUUCAUUUCCUGUGCAUGAAGAGAAUCUACUUUGUCAAUCAUCUGAUGAAGAAACACUCAGGAUGGGCGAUUACCGUGACAUACUGAGUCUUACAAGAGUUCUGAUUAAUGGUCCAAAGAGCAAAGAAGAUGUUGACGGUUUUAUAGAUAAGUGUUCGGGCGCUGGGCACUUACGUGAUGAUAUUCUAUAUUAUAGCAAGGAACUCAAGAAGAAUCCUGAUGAUGACGAUGAGCAACGUACUUGCAUCAUGGAUAUGGGCAUUAAGGCUUUAAGCCAACACUAUCGGUCACCACCACUGUUCAUUGGCUACCGUCAUCCACCAUCACCGGCGGUACUUCUUUCUCAUAACGUUCAGAUCCUACCUCUAUUGUGCUAAACCAACAGAAACAAGGUUCUCAUCUUGGAUGGAUGCAAGACCUGAACUAGGACAUCUUUGUAAUAACCUCAGGAUCGAUAAGUAAUUUGCACAUAUAGCAAUUUCAAAUGUAUUUAUGUACAGCUAGUCAUGCCUGUUGUAGCUUCUCCAUUAAUAGUCUCCUUCACUCUUUGCCCUUCCCUGUAGUUGUUUCUGCAAGCAUGCAAAUAGAUCCGUUGCAGCUAAUGCUUCAGUCAAAAAAUUUGAAAAACCUGGUCAACUGGGUUUGGGUGGGUCUUCUUAUGCAAGUUACAGGGAUACAGAAUCCAGUCUGACCUACGAUUAGGUUUGAGUGUCAAUUCUAUUUCUAGUAUGAUAAAGAAUUAUUAACUAGUUAUUCUGUCCUUAAAGAGACCAGUUUUGGGAUUAAAGAAAAAAAAGAAAAGGAAAAAGCAACAUUUUAGUA